AUGCCCUUAUCAAGUCAGCAGAGAGCAUUCACUUCGCAACGGGAAGGGAGUAUCGAUGAAGCAGAGCCCGCCUACCGGCCUCAGGGGCCGAAAGACACGCUGCUGAUGCUAGGAUACGCCGUCAAGGAAGACCAGAUAGAGGCACAUGUACAUGCGCUCAAGGAGGCUCUGAAGCUCAAAUUGAUGACGCUGAACUAUUACUCCGAAGAUAUGGCUCAAAGUUUCACCGACCUCGCCAUGGCACAGCACCAAUCGGUCCAGUUCAUCAACGAGGCCAAGACGAACUACCUCAAGGCGCUCGAUAUUUGGACUAAACUAUGCGGGCAGGAGUCGAGAGAGGUUGCCAACGUGCUCUGCCUCAUCGGAGUGGUCCUGCGAGAUAUCGGAGACAUCGAUGCCGCCAAGUCGGCUUUGCAGGAUUCACUUAGAAUAGACAAACAGAUCGGCUCCGUGGAAAGCCAGUUGUCGAGCGUGUUUGCGCUAAACAAUCUGGCUGGAAUCGAACAUAUCCAGGGCAACAUGACGGAGGCCACGGAGCUGUACGAGGAGGCUGCACGAAUCAUGCUCACCGCAACAGGCGGAGACCCCAAUCACCGUAUGAUAGCAUUGCUGUACUACAACAUAGGUUGGUCUGACGCAGCUGAAAUUAUCGCAAAAAUCGGGGACGCGCACCACCUGACAGGGCGCAUAGAUAAACUAUUCAAAGAGGUGGCCAUGAGUAGUGCGUGA